UACUUUUUAUUUUCGGGGGGGUUGGAUUGUUGUUUUUUGUGGUUUUUUUCUUUUUGUUUAUUUAAUUACAAAUCUUCGAUACGUUGAUCAUCAUGUCAAGGAAGACGAAGGAUUUGAGCAAAGCUAACAAGGACGAAUUGUUCAAAUUUCUCGACUCAUUCGAUGUCAUCUUUUCCGAUUGCGAUGGUGUUUUAUGGCACAUCGAUGCACCCAUGGAAAAUUCCAUAGAAGCAUUGAACAAAUUACGAAGUUUCAAAAAGAAGGUUUUUUUCGUAACGAACAAUAGUACGUCAAGUGUCAAAAAUAUUUGUGAUAAACUUCGUCGAAAUGGUUUCGAUGCCAACGAGGAUCAAGUGAUCGUGUUAUCAAAAGUACUUAUCUGGUAUCUGAAAAAAAUCCAUUUUCAAGGCCAAGUUUAUACGAUUGGAUCUAAUGCACUUCGAAAUAAUCUGUCGGAUGCUGGGAUAGAAUUGUUGGAUGAAAAUAUACCGACAAUUUCAACAAAUGAUGUAUUAACAAUCUUGAAUGAAGUCUCGGAUAGAGAAUCUGUGAAAGCAGUGAUAGCUGAUUUCGAUGCUAAUUGCAGUUGGGCUAAUUUGAAUUUAGCCAUAGCGUGUUUGAAACGUGACGAUGUACUUUACUUAACUGGUGCUGUUGACAAAAUUGUCUAUCGUAAAAAUGAUACCACGAUAAUAGGACCAGGUCCACUUAUUGACAUUAUAACCGAGUACAGUGGCAGAGAACCAAUUCCUAUUGGAAAACCAAGCGAAAUCUUACGAGAUUAUAUUUUUGAAUUUUGUAACGUUACCAAUCCACAAAGGUGUUUGUUCAUUGGUGAUUCGAUAAAUCAGGACAUGAAAUUUGCAGCCUUGUGUGAUUUUCAAAAAUUAUUCGUCAGUAGUGGUAUUGAUAGUUUUGAAGAUUCGCAAAAACUUCUACAAGAACUUCCUGAAUACUAUGUACCUAAUCUUGGUCAAAUGCUUAACAUCAUGAAAAAUCUUAAUUGAGAUAUUAGAAGAAUGAUUAUUAUAAGAAAAAUGAUAAUUAUAUUGAAAUAGAAGAUUCCAUUUUUCUAACAUUUACAUGAUCAGUAAUAUUGAAAUCACACACACCCACACACACACACACACACACACAUGAUAAAUUAAUAUAAUUAAUUAUUGAUUAUGUAAAACUGUGCUAUAUCAAUGCUUUACUCAAAUUUACUAAUAAUUAUGACGAAUCAUUUGAUUUGUCAGAAAUAAUUUAUUGGUUUGAGUAUACAUAGUUGUUUUGAUCAUUUUUUUAAUGACAGAAAAAUCUAAGAACCUUUUUAGAAUUUAGAAUAAUUGUGUUAUAAUCUAAAUCGAAUCUUCUAUUUGAAAAUAUCACUAUUGUAUUAAAAUACGAAACAAUUUAAGACUUAAAUCAACAUUAUUAACUAAAAUGGCAUGAAUCAUAAUGAAUUGUCUUCAUUAUUCGAUUAUUAGUUCAUUUUGUGUCCAUUAGUUGUUCAUUUUCUGUUGAUAAGUACAAAUCUGAUGAUUAGAAAUUGAAUACUUUGAUAAAAGUAUUGAAGCUUUUGCACGAACAACCCAUAAAUGGGUUAUUAGUAAUAAAACUAUAUAUAUAUCUAUAUACAUAGUUAUAAAUAUUGGUCUUCCAAAUACAGUAGGCACAUAAGUAAGAAGCUUUAUAUCAAAUAGAACAAAAUAAAUUUAUAAAUAAUUUGUUAAACAACCAUUAUAAAUAU